AUGGCGGACAAGGAGGCCUUUUGGGAGAUACCUGAAAUAGUGGAGGUUAUUCUUCGAUUUCUUCCAGGAAGAUUCAUAGCCGUAGCUGCAAGAGUUUGUCGUCUAUGGCGGGACACAGUGGAAAGGAUUCGAAGAUCAAGAAGGGACUGCGUGGUUUAUUUAUCUCCAAGUGAAUCAAACUUUGCUGAAUUUUCGGAAGACGUGCUUGACUUCUUGACACGACAGCUUAUUGAACCUAGAGCUUUACUGCUCUUCUCAGGCGCAUUUCCAUCGUCUAGCACAGCGUUUAUUCAAAGAUUUUUGCUGUCGAUACAGAACUGCCUUCCAGUGAACUGUCCGUUCAUUGGCUGUACUGGUCUUGGAGUGGUCGGUUCUGAAACUCAUCCUCCUGCAAAUUCCGAAGGUUUAUCACUUAUGAUGUUUCCUCGCUGUGAUGGACUUGAAGUCCGAGAUUUUUAUAUCCCUCUUCGCAACAAGUAUAAGAAGAUAAGUGGCGUUAAAUCAUUUCUUCCCGACAUGAGCCUCCCCGUAAAGUUAGUGAUUGUUCUGGCCCACCCACUGUCACUUGGGAAGCUUACAAAUUUGACCGUGGCUUUAAGAUCAAAAUAUGGCGAAGAGGUAAGUUUCAUUGAAUUGGUUACUUAAAUUGAGGGUCCCUUGUACGGUUCUUCAAUCCCGUUAUCCCGACCCAAAUUUUCGCGCAAUCCAGUAAUUCCGAUGGUUAUUUCUGACAUCCAACCUAGCGUGUAUACUUUCAAUCCCGAAUUUCUUCCCCAAUGUGCUUUCAGAUCCCGAAUCCUGAGCUUCAAUUAAGGGAAAUCCAGGAUCCCGAAAAACCCAUUGGGGACCCUUUAAAUUGGCUUAAUUAUGUAAAAUAUUUCCGCACACCUCCCCUUUCAACUACAGUAUAUUUUCACACACUAGUCUCUAUAGUAUUUGUCGUAAACAAUCUGCGGUUAUCAUGGUAAAGUUGUGAGGGAAGAGACCUGCGGAACAAAGUGCCUGUUGUCACGGGUGAUCAAGGACGACAGUUCUUUUAAAGUGGUUCUUUUGUGUACCACACAGACUGUUCUGUGAGGCUAAAGGUUUGAAUUAGCACCCAAAAAGUCUAACCAUUUCUAGAUGUAAAACGAAAGCAGCAACGUCUCAUUUCCCCAAGUUUGCAGACCGUUAUUGCGCUGGAAAACCAUAGCACGGACUGAAUUUCUGUAGCGGUGCGAAAUAGCGCCUCGGCAAUUUUGAAAGUGGAUCGUGACCUAUCGGAUAGGUUUCUGUGAUACUCUUUGGCGCGGUAUGAUCAGGUGUUCACGCUAUACUGGACAGGUUUUCGUGUUGACAUGAAAAGCUAUCCGGUAUGGCGGACAAGUUGAUGUCAACCCGGGCAAGCAAAAUGGUUGUCUUUACACUAAGCUGUUAAGUAAGACUUAAGAGCUGCUAAGUUUUACUUAACCAAAAAUUCGUGUGUGAAGGCACAAGUAAAAUCUCAAGUAACUUUACUUUGCAUCUCAUUAAAGUUGGAAAGUUGAAACGAUUCAAGAAAGUUUCAAGUGACUUGCAAACCAUCCUUAAAACCAACUUAGCGAACUUGCGGUUUCUAAGCUUUGAAAAAGGCAAAGCAUGUCAGUCAACCUUAAUUAUGUUGCGUGGGAAAAUAGGCUUAAGUAAACCUGAAGUAAAAAAGAUAUGGUGUGUGUGAAGCUUUCUUUCACUUGAAUUUAAAAUUUACUUAUCUUGAAGUAUUUCUUAGCUUAUUUAGGCCCUAGUGUAAAGACUACCAAUGUCAGAAUGAACAAGGUGGAAUGUCUAGUUUUUAUUCAAGCCCUGUGUUGUUCCAGAUGGAAGUAUUCCGAUAGUGGAGUGCAGCCUUAAGUCUGAGAGCGGGGGGGGAGGAGGGGAUAAGGAGGGAUAGAGGGAUGCGACUCAUCUCCUACCCCACCCCCGGCCUUAUCACAUCUUUUUUGCGCCGUCCUUACAAUCUGAACGCUUUGAACAGGCUAGGAUGGGAGUCAAACCCGCAGGGGCGGAUCCAGAUUUUCUCUUAGGAGGGGGUGUACCACUAAGGAAUGGCGUAACUGACUGGUGACGUAAACAAAUUUUAAAAGCGAAUAAGAAGAAGAAGGCUUUUGACUAGGCAAUAACAUUAUGUGAACUGCUGAGAAUACAUACCAUAGGAAACGAUACAGCAGAUUUUGCUUAACUGUACUUGAAAGCCACAGGUCAUCUCGGAGGGUGGGGGUGCGCAACCCCUGCACCCUCUCCUAGAUCCGUUUCUGACCCGGGUCUACUGGAUCGAAGCCUCUUACCUAAGAAAUUGAGCCAGCCAGUCGUGGUGGGGUGUACUUGAAUCUCUCCAGAGAAGGGGUCUCUCAUUAAUCGUUUGAUUUACUUGCCUUUUAUGUAUCAGGUGGUGAUUGUCGGUGGCUACAGUGAUAAUUAUCUGUUCUACAACUCAGCGGUCACAUCCCGUGAAAUCAUUGGUCUUGUGUUGGCUGGCAGUUUACAAUCCUCUUCUACAGUUGUUACCGGUAGCAACAAAGUGGAAUCCUUCGAGAAUCUUCAUGACUCUAUUCAAAGACUUGAAAACAGCGGUUUGCCCAAAGAAAACAGUUUUAGUUUGACGUUUUCAUGUUUUUCUCGCGGAAGCAUGACGUAUGGAUAUGACAAUGCCGAGUGCUUGGCUUUCAGAGAAACAUUUCCACAUUCAAAUCUGGCUGGGUUUGUAGGUACAGCAGCUUUUGGAUGCGACACCGAGAAAUUGAAAUCGAGAGGUUUGAAACCAGGUGGCAGGGAUUUCUUGCACAUCGAUGCAACAGUGUUUUGUUUGAAUUCUUUAGCGCAGCAUUCGCCUUAG